UGUGACACCGAAAAACAGAAAGCAUGGAUGGACUUAUUUGAGCAACUUUUUGACCAUUUACAAUGAAAAACACAUGUUAAACACUUAUUUACAUAUUUAGCUAAUGUUUCGAUGUAUGCAAUGUUAUAGAAAAGUAGUUUUGCUUGCGAUUGUGAUACAAAAUAUUUGUUUAAAGCAUGAACUAACCUUGAAGAGCUAAGCUGAGGUAACUAUAGCCAUGUUUCGGUCAAUCUUACGCCGGGCUGGAGUGUUCGGACGCGGCUGUGUGCGCAGACAGAGCCGUGCCAAAGCCUCCUCUCUGGUGCUGGGAAUCGAGACGAGUUGCGAUGACACCGGGGCUGCAGUACUGGAUCUCAACGGGACUGUCCUCGGGGAGUCCCUACACUCACAGAAGGAAGUUCAUCUCAGAACUGGAGGCAUCAUCCCCACAGUUGCUCAGCAGUUGCACCGGGAGCACAUUGAGCGUGUUGUGAAUGAAGCUUUGGCUCUCAGCGGCGUCUCUCCUCACCAGCUAUCAGCCGUGGCCACAACAGUAAAACCCGGACUGGCCCUGAGUCUGGGGAUCGGACUGGAGUUUAGUCUUAAGUUUGUGAAGCUGCACAGGAAACCGUUCAUCCCCAUUCAUCACAUGGAAGCUCACGCACUGACCGUGAGGAUGGAGGAGCAGGUGGAGUUUCCGUUCCUGGUUUUGUUGAUUUCGGGAGGUCACGCUCUCAUCGCCGUGGCUAGAGGCGUGGACGAUUUUCUGCUGCUUGGACACUCAUUGGAUGAAGCGCCAGGAGACACACUGGAUAAGAUCGCCCGACGCCUCUCCUUGUUGAAGCACCCCCUCUGCUCCUCUCUGAGUGGGGGGCAGGCUGUGGAAGUCCUGGCUCAGACCGGAGACCCAACCAGGUUUAAGUUCACGACUCCCAUGGGACAGACUCUGGACUGUAACUUCUCCUUCGCUGGACUCAGAAACCAGGUGUCUAUGGCCAUCAAGAAGCAAGAGGAGGAGGAGGGUGUAGAGCCCGGGACCCUGUUGUCUUGUGUGAAUGAUCUCGCUGCCUCGGCUCAGCACACUGUCGGCGCCCAUCUGACCAAACGGACUCAUCGCUCCAUUCUUUUCUGCAAAAAACACCAUCUACUGCCCGAACAGAACCCUACUUUGGUUUUGUCUGGAGGAGUGGCAAGUAACCAGUACAUAAGAAAAGCCCUGAGUGUGAUCACAGAGAGAGAGGGUCUGAGGCUGCUCUGUCCUCCCCCAAAACUCUGCACUGACAAUGGGGUCAUGAUCGCCUGGAAUGGUGUGGAGAGAUUCAGAGAAAAGAAGGGAAUCCUGUCUCCUGAUGUGGACAUCCGCUAUGAACCAAAGGCUCCUCUGGGUGUGGACUUCACGGCUCAGGUGAGAGCGGCGGCCAUUAAAGUUCCACCAGUGAAGAUGAAGAUCACAUGACCAACUCCAGAGCCCUUAUAGAUUUAUAUAUGACACUGUUUUCUGAUCUUUGUUAUAAUGUAGUUUCCUCAUGAAAAACAUACCUCGACGGCGGUAUGAUUUGAGAGGCGAUCACUAGCUCUAGCUGCUGUCAAAUAUUUUUGUGGACUGAAGACAUGCCCUGCUGUAUUCACCCUACAACUGCACAGGAGUUUAUACAAUAACAACUAUUUAUGCAGAAAAGUACUAAGAAACUGUAUUUAUUUAACACAUUAAAUGCACUUAAUCUGCUUUAUAAAUAUAAAUACCAAAAAUACAAAAUCUUCACCUAACUCACUCACUUCAUCUUUCAGCUGUUGUCCCAUAGAAAUCAUUAUAAUCUCAUUAAAUCAUCAUAUAAAUCGAUA